AUGUCGGGCUUCGAUCCGUCGCACAAUGGUGCCUUCUUCAACUUUAGCAACCUCACACCCCAACAGCUCAACAUGCUUCGCCAGCAGAGCCAAAUGCAGCAGGCCGUGCAGAUGCCCCAGCAACAGCAACAACCUCAAACACAGCAGCCUCAGCCUCCACCCAACGCCCAGCAGCAGAUGCAGCAGCGCAACCCCAUGAUGCCUCAGCUCGGUCUGCCCGCUGGUUUCAACCAGCAGCAGCUCCAAGCUUUCAUGGCGCAGCAGCAGUCCCAGCUCGCCAAUGGCAUGAUGGCCAACAACCAGAAUCCGCUCAUGCAGAUGAUGCGACCCCAGUCCAUGGUUCAGCCGCCUCAGCAGCAGCAGCAGCAGCAGCAACCUCAGAUGCAGGCACAACAGCCGCAGCAGCAGCAACCUCCGCAACUCCAAAACCAGAUGGCUCAUCAGCAGGCUUCCACUUCGCAGCCUGCUCAUCUUCAGCAGCAGCAGCAGCCUCAACAAGCCGCCAACAUGGGCGCUGCGCCGCAGAUGGGUGGUGCCGGAGCGCCGACUCCGACAUUUGCACAGCUCUCGCAUGCCAUCGAGCAGGCCAAGAAGGGCAAUCUCACUCAAGAGCAGAUGAUUCAGUUGCGGCAACUCAUCUCACGGCAGCAAGCCAUGCAGGCGCAGCAACAGGCCGCUCCCAACCAAAACACCGGCGCUCGUCCGUUGCAAUCCGGGCAGGCAAACAUGAACAUGGGCUUGCCCAACGGCCAAAAUUUUGCCAAUGCCAUGCAGAGAACGCCCCAGAUGCAAGCGCAGGCGCAGAUGAUGGCAGGUCUCCAGCAGAUUCGUCCGGGCAAUAACCAGUCUACGCCGACUAUGGGUGCUCAAGGCUUCCUGCAGCCUACCAUGCCAGCUCAGCAGAACCAGCAGCAGUCGCAACAACAAGCGCAGCAGUCAAACCAGGCGCAAUCCUCGCCUCAGAUCUCAUUGCAAGGUCCACCACAGAUGAACCAGCAGCAGAUGGCACGACCACAGCAGAUCCCUGGGUUACAGCAGCAGCAAAACACGUCGCAACAGCAGCAGAUGAUGGGCCAGCAGCCAGCUCAGCCUGGUCAGCAGAGACCGCCUGCCGGCCGACCAGAUCCCACGCCUGGCCCGAGCAACCAGCAGAACCCGCUCAACUUUCUCCGUCUGUUGCACCAGCGCGUCACUGACAUCGAGAGCAAGCUCACCUCGGACCUCAGCGCUGAAGAACGCCAAGCCGUCCAGCAGCAGCAUGCUGAGGCAAAGCGUCUUCAGCAGGCGUUACUGCAGCGUCUCAAUGUCCAAAAUGCUUCGCAGUUUGCCGCUCUCAUGCAACAAAGCCAGCAAGCCGCUGGUCAGAUGCCCAACAACAACGGCCAACAGCAACAAGCGCAGCAGCAACCUAUCCAGCCGCCACAACCUUCGCCGCAGCAACAACAGCAGCAGCAGGGCGUCGGUGUCAUGGGCAAUGCUGUUCAGGCUUCUCCGAUCAUCCGCCCACCAACACGGCCUGGGUCGGCUCGACCGCCGCAAGGUCAGUUCGGAAGUCCCAUGCUGAAUCAGCCCGGUGUUCAGCCUCAAAAUGCACAGCAAGCGCCGCCGCAACAGCAACCUCAAGUGCGUCCGUCGCCUCAGAUGGGCGCGAUGAACAUUGCAGGGCAGGCGGGCGGCAUGUCCGGCUUGCAAGGCGUGCCAUCGCUGCGUCCCGAGCAGUUCAACAAGGCCCUCGUGGAUCUCAUGAAGAAGCGUGGCACCCCCAUCACCUCUUUGCCCAAAGUUGGCGGGCGAGAUCUCGAUCUGUACCGUUUCUACCAGAUCGUGCAGGCGCACGGCGGCAGUGAAGGUGCGCAUCAGAAGAACGCUUGGCCUGCCAUUGCCAUGUCUCUGGAGCUGGCGCCACUGGGCUCGCCUCAGACGCAGACGCUCGGACAGGCGCUGGCGGUCGAGUACCGGAACUACCUUGCGCCAUUUGAGGAGACCUGGCAGCGAGCCAUGCAGCACCAGUACCAGAUGUCGAUGGCGACCGCCGGUCUCAACCAGACUCAGAACACCGCUCAGGCCAAUGCGCAAGCCCCAUCCUUCCGACCGCCAUCGACGCCACAGAUGCAGUCGCAGCAGGCUAACCAGCAAUCCACACACAUGCAGGGACCGCAAGCUUCGAUGAUGCCUCCCAGCCAGUCGCAGCAGCAGCAGCAGCAGCCACAGCAGAUGCAGACGCAGAAUGCACCGCAAGGCGUCGGUCUUCAGCAACCCUCGCUGGCAGGCUUCAACCCGCCUCCACCGCCGAUCCUCAGCGCCGAGAACCUCGCCAAGGUGGGCAUGACGCAAGAGCAAUUCAAUAAGGUCUUCUACGGCCAGCAGCUCAAUGCUUGGCGACAGGAACAGAUCCAGAACCAGCAGCGACAAAUGAGCCAAGGCUUCCAGACGAACCAAUCUGGUCCUGGUCCGAACGGGUUGCAACAGCCACCGCAAGCGCAGCAACUACAGCAGCAGCAACUGUCGCAAGGACCGAUGCAACAGCAGCAGCAGCAGGGUCAGACAGGCUGGCCAAACCAACAGCGACCCAUCCUGCCGCAAACCUCGGGAGCUCAGCCCUCUCAGACGCAGACUGCCGGCUUUGGUGCCAACAUGCCAGGACAGCCGCUCAAUGCGCAGCAGAUGCAGAACCCGGGUCAGAUGGGGAUCAACGUCCAGAAUCAGCAGGCGGGUCCACCUCAGCAGCCGCAGUCUCAGCAGUCGCAGAUGCCGAAUCCGAACCAGUCACAGCAACAGUCCAACGCCCCGAUCAUCACAGGAUCGAACGCGCCAGGAGCACAGCAGGGACAGAUGGCCGGACGCCCUUCCAACAUGUCGCAGGCUCGCUUCAUCGCUGUCAGCCCCGAGCAGCUCGAGCAAGCGCGCGCGGCCAUGCAGAAGAUCGACCAGGAGCUGGCCACACAGAGGCCUCGUCUGCCCAUCAUCCAGAACAUUGCCGACGACGAGAGGGACCAGAUCCUGGAUCAAGUGCAGAAGCUUGCUCCGAUUCAAGCGACGGUCACCGCCCUCUUGCCUGCAUUUUAUGCGAUGAACGGCAACCUGGAACCCGCCAAGCGUCUCAAGAUCAUGGCGUUCAUGUACAAGGAUCAGUACGACCUGCUGGCCAAGAAGCAGUGCAUCCUCCGCUUGGCCGAUCUGGACAAGCUCAAGAUGCAGAUGAGCCGGUGCAUCAGCUUUGUGCGCUCGAGCAACCCAGAGCUGGCACAGCGCAUUGUCACUUCGCUCGGCGAGCAGAACCGCGCCGCUCAGCAGAAUGGCGUCGCUCCCUCGGCAGCAGGAAGCGGCGCUUCGGCAGUGGCAGCACCGAUCGCAACACAGGCAGCUCCCGUCCGAACACCUGCAGCAGCUUCAGCAGCGCCCACCGAGGCAGCUUCUGUCGAAGCUGCAGCUGGUGUCAACGCAGACGGUACUUUCGAUGCUGCGGCCGCCAUGCACGGCAUCAAGCGCGGUCUGCGACCCGAGAAUCUCAAGCUGCCACCCAACAAACGCGCGAAGAACGUGCCCGGCGCCGGCAAGGCAAUGAGCCCAUCAUCGGCCGCCAACGAGUCGCCCAGAGUGGCACCCUCGCCUGCUCAAGCUGAAGACCCGGCAACCCCUGCUGGCUCGACGCCCGCUGGCAAGGGCGGCAAGAAGAACGAAAAGGCGACCAAAGCGGGCAAGACGACUGCUAAGAAAGGCAAGGGUGCCGCCGGCACUCCCACCUCGUCUGCUGCUGAGCCUGACAAGCGCUUCAAGACGAGUGCCGACAUCAUGGCCGAAGUCAAACGCGAGAUGGCCGAAGCCGAACGCAAGCGUCGCGAGGAAGGCUCUGCCGGAGCCGGUGCUGGUGAUGCAGCUAGCGCUGCUGCCAAGUUGGACUUGAUCAACGUCAAGGCCGAACAAGAGGCGGACGAGAAGCGAAGGAAGGAUCAGGAGCUGGCAGGCCGUGAUCCCGCUGGGCUGGUUGAGUCGACAUGGCAGGAGCUGCUCGCAACGGGCAACACCAACAACGGGACGCAGGGCCCCAAUGGCUUCGGUGGAGACAACUCGUUGCUGGGUGCCCCCAGCGCAGGCUCAUCUGCGCAGAACGGGUCGGAUCCCAAGGCGCUUCAGUCGCUCAUGUCUAUGCUCGGCCAAGACUCGAUGAUGUCGGGGUUGCCCUCGAACGGCAUCAACGUUCCUUCACGAGGUCUCAUGACCGGCGCAGGCAGUGGCGGCUCAAGCUUCCUGGACGGUGCUCUGGACUCGCUGCCCUCUGCGGAUGCCGACACGGGUCUGGACAUUGACCUGUUCGAUUUCAUCGAGGCGUCGGCUGCGGGUCCGGAUGCCUUCAACGACGACAUCGACCUGAGCGGCGUGUUCGGAUCCUCGGCAGUCAAUGCAUCGACGCAGGAGAGCGAGCCACCAGUGGAGACCCCGGAACUGGUCGCGAGCGCCAAGCUUCCCGGAGGCAGCUCGAACGCAUCUUCCGCCUCGAACUCGACGUCGAACUCGCUUCGAUCCAAACUACCCACCGCACUGGGAGCGAGCGGGCUGGAUUUUGGCUCUGCCGGACCGUCGAGCACGAGUCCGGCAGAAAUGAGUAGCUGCGACGAGAUUGAUCUGGAAAAGAGUCCCUUCGUUCAUCGGAUGCGACUCGACCGCAUUGGCCUGACCAUGGCGCCUGCUGUAACGGGACCGGAGGCUGCCGCCAAGACGACGUCGGCGGCGGCGGAAAGUGGGAGCCAGAGCACGCUCAAAGCUGCGGAGGAGACGGCGAUCAACCAGGUUGAGCUCGGACCUGGCUCGCAAAGCCUGGUGGCGGCCUCGGGCGACGAAUGGUGGGAGAUGGACCAUUUCGCCAGCAUGGGCUCCGGUGGCUACGGAUCCGACCCGAACGCGGAUCAGCCAUGGGCGGUGCUCAGCUGA